UUCAGUAUACUUGUUUAGUAAAUUGGUGUUUGUGUAAACCAAACGUGGCUGAGUUGUGGUAUAUUGUAUGUUCUAUUUAUGGUGUCAAGUAUGCCGAUAUAUUCUUAAUCAGGAUCUUAAGCAAGAUGGCCCUUUAUCAAAGAAGGCAAUCUUCAUUAUGCAAAAAACGGCACGUCGUUUAACUGUCUAGCUGAGGAAUGCACGUCGUCUUGUUUCAACAAACGAAACUUCUUGAAAUGCCAAGAAAAAUCCGGUCACUUUUAGACUAGAUACGAAGGUUUUAGAAAAAGAGCACUUUCUAGUUCAAGAAACUGGAAGAACGUUCUCUCUUCAUCCCCAACUACGUUAUAUAUAUGGACCCCUUCUAUGAUCUCAAAAUCAGAUCAAAGCAACAAGAAAUCAAGAAUCAAAGCGAAGUUAAGUCACUCGAGAAAACAACAAUGUCUCUAGUUCCAAGCCUUUUCGGAGGACGAAGAUCAAACGCUUUUGAUCCGUUCUCGCUAGAUGCAUGGGAUCCAUUUGAAGGACUCUUCACGCCUUCCUCCGCUCGUGACAUGGCAGCAUUUACAAACGCUAGAGUGGACUGGAAGGAGACACCAGAGGCACACGUGUUCAAAGCGGACUUGCCGGGGCUGAAGAAAGAGGAAGUGAAGGUAGAGGUUGAAGACAAGAACGUACUUCAGAUAAGCGGAGAGAGGAGCAAGGAGAACGAAGAGAAGAACGACAAGUGGCACCGUGUGGAGAGAGCAAGUGGGAAGUUUAUGAGGAGGUUUAAGUUGCCUGAGAAUGCGAUGGAAAAAGUGAAGGCGACAAUGGAGAAUGGUGUGCUCACGGUUAUGGUACCAAAAGCGCCUGAGAAGAAGCCUGAAGUCAAGUCUAUUGAUAUCUCAGGCUAAGCCAUUGUUCGUGAAUCGUGAUAAUGAAAAUUGAUGAUUUGGAGUGUGUGGAAUAAAACGUGUGUUUGCGUACAAAAGUUCGUGUGGUCUUUCUUUCUUUAUUUAUAAAUCAUAAUAAGACUAUUGUAAUGAAUAAGUGAAUGUUUAUAUAAGCAUACAAUAUUCGAAGCUUA